AUCACGGCCAGCGCGGGGCGGCCAGUCCCGGCUCUGCGGCGCGCCCCAGAGACCCCAGCGCUCCGGGGGAGACGGGCCGGGCCGGGCCCCUUCGGCUUUAGCUGCGCUCCGCCGGGGAAGCGAACGGAAGGCACACAGGGAGGGGUCGGGGCCCUUCCAAAGCGGGCGGCAUGGCGGACUUGGACGACUCCCCCCGGCUCCACGUUGGGGAGGCCGGCGAGGCCCAAGGCGAAGAGGGCUCCCCUCAGAACGACGCUUUCCCCCUCUCGUCUCUGGCCAACCUGUUUGAGAACGAGGAUGGCCCCUGCCCCGCUGAGGCAGCCCGGCUCCCCCCCGGCUCAGGGGACAGCAAGCAGCAAAACCUGCGUAUGAAAUUCCACGGGGCCUUCAAAAAGGGCGUGCCCAACCCCAAGGACCUGCUGGAGUCCACCAUCUACGAGUCCUCUGUCGUCCCAGGGCCCAAGAAAGCCCCCAUGGACUCGCUUUUCGAUUACGGCACAUACCGCCAGCACCCCAACGAGAACAAGCGCCGGCGCAAGAAGAUAGGGGAGAAGCAGACCCACAGCCCGAAGGCCCCGGCCCCCAACCCGCCUCCAGUCCUCAAGGUGUUUAACCGGCCCAUCCUCUUCGACAUCGUGUCCCGGGGUUCGACCGCCGGCCUGGAGGGGCUCCUCCCCUUCCUGCUGACCCACAAGAAGCGCCUGACCGACGAGGAGUUUCGAGAGCCCUCCACGGGGAAGACCUGCCUGCCCAAAGCGCUGCUGAAUCUGAGCGGGGGCAAAAACGACACCAUCCCCCUGCUGCUGGCCAUCGCGGAGCAGACGGGCAACAUGCGGGAGUUCAUCAACUCGCCCUUCCGAGACGUCUACUACCGAGGCCAGACGGCGCUGCACAUCGCCAUCGAGCGUCGCUGCAAGCACUACGUGGAGCUGCUGGUGGAGAAGGGGGCGGACGUGCACGCCCAGGCACGCGGCCGCUUCUUCCAGCCCAAGGACGAGGGCGGGUACUUCUACUUCGGCGAGCUGCCCCUCUCCCUUGCCGCAUGCACCAACCAGCCGCACAUCGUCAACUACCUCACGGAGAACGCACACAAGCAGGCAGACCUGCGGCGUCAGGACUCGCGGGGCAACACGGUGCUGCACGCCCUGGUGGCCAUCGCUGACAAUACCCGGGAGAACACCAAGUUCGUCACCAAGAUGUACGACCUGCUGCUGAUCAAGUGCGCCAAGCUCUUCCCCGACACCAACCUGGAGGCCCUGCUCAACAACGACGGCCUCUCACCCCUCAUGAUGGCGGCCAAGAUCGGAAAGAUCGGGAUGUUCCAGCACAUCAUCCGCAGGGAGAUCACGGAUGAAGACGCCCGUCACCUCUCCCGGAAGUUCAAGGACUGGGCUUAUGGGCCCGUCUACUCCUCGCUCUACGACCUCUCCUCACUGGACACCUGUGGGGAGGAGGUGUCUGUCCUGGAGAUCCUAGUGUACAACAGUAAGAUUGAGAACCGCCACGAGAUGCUCGCCGUGGAGCCCAUCAACGAGCUGCUGCGCGACAAGUGGCGGAAGUUCGGGGCCGUCUCCUUCUACAUCAGCGUGAUCUCCUACCUCAGCGCCAUGGUCGUCUUCACCCUCAUCGCCUACUACCGCCCCAUGGAGGGCACGCCGCCGUAUCCCUACACAACGACCAUCGACUACCUGCGCCUGGCCGGGGAGAUCAUAACCCUCUUCACCGGAGUCUUGUUCUUUUUCACCAAUCUAAAGGAUCUGUUUAUGAAGAAAUGUCCAGGGGUGAAUUCGUUCUUUAUAGAUGGCUCCUUCCAGCUGCUCUACUUCAUCUACUCGGUGCUGGUGAUCAUCUCGGCAGCGCUGUACCUGGCGGGGAUCGAAGCUUACCUGGCUGUCAUGGUCUUUGCCCUGGUCCUGGGCUGGAUGAACGCACUUUACUUCACCAGAGGCCUGAAACUUACAGGGACCUACAGCAUCAUGAUUCAGAAGAUCCUCUUCAAAGACCUUUUCCGGUUCCUCCUGGUCUAUGUGCUCUUCAUGAUCGGCUAUGCUUCAGCUCUGGUCUCGCUCCUGAACCCCUGUGCCAGUGCCGAGGCCUGCAACAAAGACAAGUCCAACUGCACGGUGCCCGCCUACCCGUCCUGCCGGGACAGCAAGACCUUCAGCAACUUCCUGCUGGAUCUCUUCAAGCUGACCAUCGGCAUGGGCGACCUGGAGAUGAUCGAGAGCGCCAAGUACCCCGGCGUCUUCGUCAUCCUGCUGGUCACCUACAUCAUCCUCACCUUUGUGCUGCUCCUUAACAUGCUGAUCGCUCUGAUGGGGGAGACGGUGGGGCAGGUCUCCAAGGAGAGCAAGCACAUCUGGAAGCUACAGUGGGCCACCACCAUCCUGGACAUUGAGAGGUCCUUCCCGGUGUUCCUGAGGAAAGCUUUCCGCUCGGGGGAGAUGGUCACCGUGGGGAAGGGCACCGAUGGCACGCCGGACCGGAGAUGGUGUUUCAGGGUCGAUGAGGUGAACUGGUCUCACUGGAACCAGAAUCUUGGCAUCAUCAACGAGGAUCCAGGCAAGAACGACACCUACCAGUAUUACGGGUUCUCCCACACAGUGGGCCGGCUGCGCAGAGAUCGCUGGUCGAGCGUGGUGCCCCGGGUGGUGGAGCUGAAUAAGAGCUCGCAGCCGGAGGAAGUGGUGGUCCCGCUGGAGAACAGGGGGACGUCCGACAUGCACGACUGGAAGCAAGGGCAUCCCUCAGGCUGGCGGAAAGAGGACUCCCACAUCUAACAGCAGGGUCAGGCACGAAGAGACAAGUCAACGCUGGCUCUGUCCUCCGCCCGGCCUCUGCUGCCCACCAUGCACAGGCCCCAGCGUGGGGCAGCGGGGCUGAUGCGCACAAUGCAGGCAGGCAGAAACCAACCAGCAACGGAGCUUCUGAAACAGCCUCCCUCCCACCAGCGGCAUGCAGCGCACAGCCGGAGCCCCCUGCUCUCUCCCGGAGCCCUGCGCACGGCCCUUGGGUCCGAACGGACUUGUCCAGCAGGGCCCUGGCUGUCUCAGACACCAGCCGCGGUGAAAUAAUCAUUUUGCUGUUAUUUCCAAGCGCUGAGCCCCUGGCUCCACACCCCUUGAGCCUGACCGUCAUGAAGUGCAGAGCAGGGCUGUAGAGAGAAGAGGGAUUUGCAGGGAAUGUUCAUGAGAUGCUCACAGGACAGCACCCCCAAGCCCUGCGGUGUGCCCAUGCCCUGCUCUCGUCUUGCACAUGCUGGUUUGUGUGUGCGGGGGCCCUGGUGGAGAGACCGGCCGGUGCUGAGAUGCCACGUCACUUCCUGGGCGCCGUGCCAGGGCUGCCCUUGGCACACACUCCCCUGGCUGGGCAGCAGCCAGUCUGUCGGCGUGCAGAGUGUCUCAGUGGGAGCGCCGUGCGUACCCCUGCCCUUGGCACCAGGAUUCCAGCUGCACCGGGAACUGCCCAGUGUCCCCUAGUGAGUGGCACCAGUGAGCUUGUUGUGCACAUGGAACUCCACUCUCAGCCCCAGCCAUGGGCAAAUCUCCAGGGGCGCUGGCAUUUGCUCCCCCAACAAUCGGCUGGGCAGGGGGACGCCAUUGUCCAGCCGACAGACAGCAAUUCUGUCCGAGCUGCCUCCUCCCAGGAGCCGGUGUUCAAGCCUAACCUUUGCUUUCUGCAAACGUCAGUGCUGGCAAACCCGACCCUGCAAAGCCAAAGCACACGGGCCUAGUGCAGAUCCCCCAGCCCUUUCCUAGCCAGGGAUCCGGUCUCUGCCCUCCACCAGCUGAGGGAGAGCCUAGAAAUCAGCUUGCCCAAUGCAGGGAGGUUCCCUACAGCAUGUUCUCUAGGCCUUAGAUCAGCCUGUUUCCAACGUCCUGGGCAACGGGGCUCCCUCCCUCUCCCUGCAGAGGUUGCGUUCACCUUACCGUGGCUCUCUGAAGAGAAGGCCUGGACAGAGGGACUGGUCUGUGUCUCAGGCAGCUCCCCCCUUCGCCCCGCUCAGUGCCACAGGUGCCUUGCAGGCAAAUGGCACGGCUGCCCGUUUCCAUGCGCAAAGUGUGUUAAUCAGUGACCGUUUCCAGUGCUCGCUCCCGACACACCCCGGCUCUGCAGUGGAACAGAGCUGGAGCUCAGUGGUUUGGCUGCCCCAUUCAUUUCCCUCCCUGCGCUGGCGGGACAGGGCUCCGUGCGGUGGAAUCGCUGUUGUUACCCACAGGGCAUUGGCCCUGUUAGCGCCAAGGGGCUUAUCCGUCCAUGGU